CGACGCGAGCAACAACAACAACAACGCCAACAACGACUGCAAGCACAACAACAAGCACAGAAACAACUACCGAGGAGGUAACCACAACUGAGCCAUUAACAACAACGACAACAGCCCGCGCCGAGACGACUACGCCACGAAAAACAUUCAGACCAGCACCUGUUCUACCAGCCAAGAGGGAUUUGGUCUUCCUCUUAGACAAUUCGCAGCACCUCUCGCCGUCAGAACAUCGCAAGAUGCUCAACUACGUCCAGGAUGUGUUAGACCGGGCAGAUAUUGACAACGACAAAGUGCGAGUGGGAGUUGUCAGCUACGGGACGCAACCACGGGUGCACUUUGGUCUGAACGACUACGGUGACAAGGCCGACGUCAUGAAAGCAAUCGACAAAAUUCCUUAUACUCCUGGCAAGUCCAACCUUGGCAGCGGCAUUAGGGCGGCCUGGCGCAAUGUUUUCAAGCCAAACAAGGGAGACAGACCAGAUGUCCAGAACGCCGCUGUACUUAUCUCCGGUGGGCCGUCCAACCUCCGCACCCAGUGGGUUUUUCCUGCGGCACAGACGGCCCGACGAGCAGGGAUUACCAUCUAUGGCGUCGGUGUUGGCCUAUCCAAUACGGCGGAACUUGAUAAGGUCGUGAGUCAACCAGUGCAAGGCUACAAAAUAACAACCCAGGACUUUGAGUCCCUUCAUGACACUCGUGACGAAUUGGUGGAAACUGUUUUUGGAGAAGCUGAGACUACCGUUACUUCCGGUGUUCCGGAUGCAGACACCGUUCCGCUUGUAGACAAACUCACUCCCAUUCCCGAGACACGACUGAAAACCGACUCACCGCGUACUAGAACGACAAAACGAACGAUGGAACUGACAACGAAAAAAGAUGAGAUCACGACAUCAGAGCCCGAGAGGUUCUCACCAGUGACAGAUGAAAGCAAGGCAAUGACGUCAAUUAAGACAGGUCAAAGGUUCACUGAGAAACCAAUGGUAGUUGAGAGUUCAAGGCGAGGUGAGGGCGUGACUACAGGAAAACCGGAUCGAACGACACCUGCGAUUGACGACAUCGAUAGGACGACAACAGACCAGAAGACGGUGAUUCCGGACAGAAAGAUAAUGCCUGAACGACAAGAAACUAUACAGCCUGAAGAAGAAGCAGAGAGGACAACAGCAGACGUGACGUAUAUAACCGGCGUUAAGCCUCAGGUAGGCAAGACACUUAUUCCGCCGACGACAGGAAAAGUGGGAGACUUGGAGACUGUGACUGCUUCCUCGGAGGAGACGGACAUUUUGGCACCUGAACGGGAACGUGUGACAUACGACAGCGACAUAAUACCAGAAGAACGAGAGACUUUGACUCCAGAAACGGUAAGCAGGACAGUGAUACCUAGAAGGACAACAGUGACUCCCGACGCAGAAAUAGUGACAUUAGAAACAGUGACAGGGAAACAGCCGACUGCGAAAACUGUGCGUCCCGACGAAGACAUAGUGACAUUCGAAAGAGUGACGGAGACUCCGUCGACUCCAGAUAGAAUGUUUAUAUCACCAGACGGAGAGGAAGAAACUGGAGACAGAGUGACUAAGUCAGACAGACAGAUCCCUAUAAAGACAACUUUUAUGACAGACGUAAAGCCUGAGAUAAGCGGUACACUGCUUCCGGAAACAACGGGUGAUGUAGAAGACAUUUUAGAAGGAGGCUCUGGUGAACUGUUACCGAUACCAGAUACCACCGAUACAUUCAAGAAAAUCACAGAGUCAUACGACAAGGAAACAAUAACAACGGCUUCGGUCAAAAUCACACAGAGAGACACAGUCCCGGCCGUGACUGAAUCCAUCACACACAAGGAUGUAACAUCUGCCAAGCCAAUGACUUCAACUGAAACGCCGGACAUUGACCUCCCGACACUGCAAACACACAAGAUUGACCCUGAACACAGGGAGAUCAUCCAGCCGCCUGUAGAGAUACCAGUCGAUGAGAUAAAGGGUGCAGAACCUCUGCUGGCAGCUCGGAAGGACGUUGUCCUCAUGCUAGACACAUCGACCAGCCUUUCAGCUUCGGACUUCGACAAUGUGAAGACUUUUGCUGUGGAUUUUAUUCGAUCCGUUGAUAUCAACGGCGGGAAAGUUCGAAUUGGCGUCUUGACGUACAGCACCGAAGCGGAGCCUCGAUUUAACCUUAAUAGCUACGAUACAAAACAGGACGUCAUUGGCGCCAUUCGGGAAAUUCCGUACAAUCCCGGAGGAUCUAACUUGUUCGCUGGAUUACGUUCCAUCAGGAGGGAUAUGUUCAAACCCACUAAAGGGGACCGUCCUUCUAUACCGGAUAUUGCUGUGAUAUUUUCCGGCGGUCCUUCUGACCUAAACACCAAACGAAUCGAAUCUGCCUCACGAGCAGCAAAACGCCAAGGAAUCGAAAUCUACGCUGUAGGGAUAGGAGUGAAGGAUACCUCGGAACUAGAUAAAGUGUCCAGCCAACCGUUGUUGACGUACCGUUUUGACGUGCUGACGUCAGGGGAUCUCAUGUCCAUUAGAGACGAUCUAGAGAGGGCCGUGUUUGGGGGAUAA